AUUUUCCAAGCAAGAGUACUGGAGUGGCAUAGGUGCUCAAUAAAAUGAUACUAGUUUUUCCACCCUUCCUGGUUCCCGACAAAGGGACUACAAGUACCAGCAUGCCCUACGCCCCCAUUCGGGGCCCCUACGACUGGCGCCGGCGUGCUGUAGGCCGGGAGUUGCAGUCCUCACGAGGCAGGCCCCGCCUCGCCCCUGCUUGGGGGAGGAAGUUGGAGAGCCGCCCUACCGGCCUUUGAAUUUUGCCGCGAAAAGCGCGCGUGGCGGCCCCCGGCCCCGCCCCCCGCAGGACGCGGCGCCGCGUCACCCUGGUAACCGCCUCUCGGCCGCCACUGAUUGGACCAGGCUCCAGGGGGCGGGAGGGGGGCGAGACGCGGCGGCGGCUGCCGGCGCUAGCGCCUGUCAGUCGGGCCGGAGCGGAGCAGCGAGCAGGAUAGCCGAGCCGGUGGCUCCGCUGAGAGGCUGCGCGCGGCACCCGGGGGAGGCGAAGAGCAGGGCACGCCGCUUGUGGGGCGCGGCGCGCGGCACCCGGGCCCGAGGCGAGGCGAGGCGCCGGCGCGCGCCAGGCGGCUUAAGGCUGAGGCCCCGGGAGCUCCCGCGCGCCGCCGGGGGCCAUGGGCGCGUGAGAGCCCGGCGCGCGCCGGUUCUACUGCAGCUGGAGAGCUCGAACGCCCAGUGCACCAUUCUCCGGGCCGUUCCCACAUCCGCCCAGCGCCACCUGGACUGGUUAUUUCUCGGCGCCGAGACCCCCGGGGCUGCACCCGAGCCUCCACCGCCCGCUGCAGCCGCCGCGGCUGCUGCUGCUCUCCGGCUUCCCCUCCCCCAACACCCGGGGCUCCGCGCAGGAGGAGGAGGGGCCGGUGCGUUCUCGCCACCGCUCUUUGCAACCUGCGGGGGCCGGUGCAUGCCCGGCGAGAAGCCGGGCCGCUGCAGGUGCGUGCAGCCUCGGAGGAGACGACCCCCCCCCCCCCACCCUCGGGCAAACCAGAGAGCUGCAAGCCACGGGCAGGCGGUCGAGCGAGAGGAAGCAACAAAGACAAGCUGCAGCUGGGGCCGGCUAGAGGGGCCGCGGCCGCCGGGCUCCUGGCGCGGGCGGAGAGGGCGCCCCGGGGAGCUGCAGCCCUGAGCAGGACCCCGAGGGAAGGCGCAGCGCCGCCCGCCGGACGCGGUGAGCACAGGCCCCGGCGAGGAUGCGCCGCCUGAGCGCCCGAGCGGCCCGGGUGCCUGGCGGGCACGACCCCCGCUGAGCCGAAAGAACCCCCACCCCGGACUUCGGACGGCGCGGGCCGGAGCCUGGAUCGACCUCACCGACAGCGUCCCUUCCCACCUGGAGAGAGGCAUCGGCCCCCAAGGGGGGCUUCUUCAGGCAGCCUCUGCCACCUCUGCAUGGCUGCAACCCAGCGAGCGGAGAGUCGUCCCCGCUGAGACCUGGUGCCCUUCGACGGCCUGGCUGAUUCGGGACCCCACAGCAGAGCACGCCCCGCUGCGGGCCCCCAGCUCAGCCAUGCUGGCCUGUCUGCAGAGGACCCAGAACGCCCCCGGCCAACACCUGGCCUGCCCGACCAAGAGCCUGGAGCUGCGCAAGUGCGAGACAGUGGCUAGCUCCAUGCAUUCCUCCCGUUACCCGAGCCCGGCGGAGCUGGACGCCUACGCCGAGAAGGUGGCCAACAGCCCGCUCUCCAUCAAGAUCUUCCCCACCAACAUCCGCGUGCCCCAGCACAAGCACCUCAGCCGCACGGUCAACGGCUAUGACACCAGCGGCCAGCGCUACAGCCCCUACCCGCCGCACACGGCCGGCUACCAGGGUCUGCUGGCCAUCGUCAAGGCCGCCGUCUCCUCCUCCUCCAGCGCGGCCGCGCCCGCCGGGCCCGCCAAGAGCGUGCUCAAGAGCGCCGAGGGCAAGCGGACCAAGCUGUCUCCGGCCGCCGUGCAGGUGGGCGUCGCGCCCUACCCGGCGCCCAGCACGCUGGGGCCCCUGGCCUACCCCAAGCCACCCGAGGCGCCCGCCCCGCCACCUGGCCUGCCCGCGGCCGCGGCCCCCGCCGCCGCCGUCAUCCCCCUGCCCGGCCGCGGCCUGCCCCUGCCGCCCUCCAACCUGCCCUCCAUCCACAGCCUCCUCUACCAGCUCCACCAGCAGUGCCAGGCCCCCGGCGCCGCGCCCGCCGCCUGCCAGGCCGUGCCCGGGCCCCCGCCCAGCCCGGCCAAGCACGGCCCGGUGCCCGGCUUCCCCCGCGCGGCCUACUCGGCCACGGCCGGCCCGCCCGAGUGCCGGAAGGGCGCCGAGUUGGGCCAGGGGAGCACGCCCGCGGCCUUGACGUUGGCCGGGGCCGCCAAGCCCGCGGGCUACGCGGACGGAGGCCUGGAUUACCUGCUGUGGCCCCAGAAGCCGCCCCCGCCGCCGCCGCCCCCCCAGCCCCUGCGGGCCUACGGCGGCGGCGCGCUGGCCAGCAAGUCCCCCGAGGCCUGCGGGGGGCGGGCGUACGAGCGGGCCAGCGGGUCGCCCCUCAACUGCGGCGUGGGGCUGCCCGCCAGCUUCACCGUGGGCCAGUACUUCGCCGCGCCCUGGAACAGCGUGCUGGUGACCCCCACCAGCGACUGCUACAACUCCGCGGCGGCGGCGGCAGCGGCAGCGGCGGCGGCUGCCGCUGGGACCGAGCUGGGGCCGGGGGCCGUCCGGGAGCUGGCGGGGCCCCCGGCCGAGACCCUUUCGGGCCUGCCCAGCAAGAGCGUGUGCAACACGGCCGUGCUCAGCAGCAGCCUGCAGUCGCUGGAGUAUCUCAUCAACGACAUCCGGCCGCCCUGCAUCAAGGAGCGCAUGCUGGGCAAGGGCUACGAGACGGUGGCCGUGCCCCGGCUGCUAGACCACCAGCACGCCCACAUCCGCCUGCCCGUCUACAGAUAAGGCCGGCCCGGCACACGCAGGGACCAACGGGCAGGGCGCCGAGGAGGCUGGGGGUGGGCAGGGAGAGGCAGGCCGCAGAACAGGGUGGGCGGCACGCAGGGCGGUGGAGAUGGGGGACAGCCCGGCCCCGAGUGCCCCCAGAUGCCCACAGGGAAGCCAGGCUGGCGACCCGCCAGCCACCACCGAUGGGGAGUUGGCCAGGUGACCUCGCUCACGACGCCCCUCCCCACCAUCGGCUGCCCCGGCCCGCCCCCCGGGGGAGGCCUAGGGGCAGCCACCCCCCAGGUCCAUGCCUCCCUCCAUCCAAGCUGGCGGAGGCCGGGAGAGAAGAGAAGCGGUUCCACCUGGAACAGAAGCGGUUCUUCCCGGCUGUCCAGGAGAGGGGCUCAGGCCGCAGUGGGGCGCAGGAGGAAAUGUGAUGGCCUGGGGGCGGGGGUGGGAUCGGAGCAGGCCCCUCCCCCUGGGCUUAGGUCCUCCCUCUUGAGGUCCCAGUCUCCAGGAGAAAGAGCAGCGGGGGCCCACAGCGCCCCCCACCCCCACUGUCCGCUCCCGGUGAAGACCAGACUACAAGAGGCUCCGGGGAAUGCUGGUCUCUCUGCUCCUCCCCUUCUAGACCCUCUUCCCCUCCCCAUCAUGCCUUCCCCACACACACUCCCAUCUCCAUUCUCCAGACCCUGGACCACCACCUUCCCCCUUCCCACCAGGACCUCUUAUGGGGGGGCUGCCGGGCACAGUUGUGCAGGGUGUGUACUGCACAAGGGCAAACUCAUCCGAGGAGACGUCAUUUGCAUCCUAGACGUGUGUGUUUAUGACAGCAAAUUUUCUGAACCUCGAGGAAGGGGCGGCGUUGACCUAUUCGCACAAAGGCGCCAUAGGGGCUAACAGUGUCAGAGGGCUCAGACCCUGCUUCCUUCAGGGGUCCUCCCAGGAGCCCGUGCCAGGGCAACCUGCUGGUUUUAACUGGGAGAUCCAUCCACCCCCUUUUCCUGCAAGCCACCCUCCAAGGCCUGCCCCACACCACUUGGGAGGGGGGAUCAGGCAGGCAUGGGGGGGACCCCAUUAAGUCCCUAAGGCCCAAUUUCCCCAAGUCCUGGCCCCUCUGGCACUCUGGAAGCGGUACUGUAUCUCUCUCCAAGGCCUGUUCAAGCACUAAGUGCAUUUACGAAUCUCUGAGAAUGUUUUUUUUUAUAUACUAAAAUUGACCAUUAUAUUCUACUGUGAGAAGUACGGUCUGCACUAUAUUGUUUUAAAAACGAAGAGAAAGAAAAAAAAAGGAAAACACA